UCGGUAGAGCACCUACUCUAGUGUGUUUAAGUUGAUCUAGCUAGCUUUAACUAUGGUAACUAGUACUAGAAGUAGAGUACUCGAAACAAUUUCGAUGUUAUUUGUGGUGAUCAUGAUUAUGAUCCUGAUCACCAAAAUUGGGAAUGUAUCAGCUGAUCUUGGUGCCUGCCCAAAAUGUGGUAGCCUAGAAGUUCCAUACCCUUUUAGCACUGAUGAUAGCUGUGGAGACCCUAGAUAUAAAAUCUACUGCAACAAUGGCAAUGAACUUCAGUUCAUGUCAGCAGAAGGGUUUAAGUACAAGAUCCUCAGCAUCGACUUGAGUGCCAACAAGCUCAUUAUACAGCCACCUGAUCUGUUAGUGGUGGAUGAUACCACUACUACAUGUUAUUCUUCAGAUUUCUCUUCACAAGGCUUAAGACUCGAUGAGCGCUUGCCCUUCAACAUUUCUACUCGUAACACCGUGAUGCUGUUCAAUUGCUCGGAUAAUAUUCUCCGCUCGCCUCUAAAUUGUUCCUCAAACAGCUUCUGCAGGCAGAUUGAGGAUAAGGUUGAGGCGUGUAGAGGUACCCUUUGCUGCCAUUUCUUGAAGGAUUCCCACAUGACUUCAUACAUGAUCAGGAUCAGGUCUGGAGGCUGCACUGCCUAUACUUCCGUUGUCGAUAUUCGACCUCAAGAUCCUGUUGAUAACUGGAACUAUGGCAUUGAGCUUCAAUGGUUGACUCCUAACUAACCGAUUGAUCACUUAGUUCAGUACUUCACUGCAUUCCUCUUAAUAAAAUGUAUGCAUUUCCUGGCGAGUUGUUACCA